UCUAAAUUUGUCUAAAGAAAUUGAUCAAGAGUUUUUAAAAAUAUUUUUUAUUUUAUAUUAAUUUUUCUCAAGAAUGUCGAUCAUUUCAAUUUAUAUUUUCUCAACGGAUGGAAAUCUUAUUCUCUUUAAAAAUUACAAAAAAUCCAUUUUGGCGUCAUCCACCUCUGCUAAUAUUUCUGGCAUUUUGAGAACGAAAAUAUUGAGGACAAAAGAACCAUCCUUUGCACUGAACGAUAGCGAAAAGUGCUCCAUUUUCAAAUGCGCUGAUGUGCUGUUGUGUGCAUGCGCAUCAUCCCAUCUCUCUGACGUCACUGUUUUCGAAAUUUUAAAUUGUCUCAAGGAUAUUUUCCUCGAAUAUUGUGGUUCAGUCAGUGAAAAGAUGUUAUCAGAUAAUCUCUUACUCAUUUAUGAACUACUGGAGGAAUUCAUGGAUGAUGGUCACGUUCAGAUCAGCUCAUCGAGAGGUAUGAAGCCCUUCAUAAUUAACCAGCCUAUAACUAGAUCCAUUUUUAGUUCUUUGGAAUUCCCGAACAUAAAACCAUUUGGCACGGAUCAUGUUUCAUCAUCAUCAUCAUCGCCACCGCCACUUCCAUUAUCAUCAUCAUCAUCAUCGGUGGCAACAACGAGGUCAUCAUCCACAGUGAUGACGAUGCAGAAAACUCCAACCGAUAUUUCAAAAACAUCAUCACCAUCGUCACCAAGAAGGCCUGCUGCGUCAACGUCAUCAUCGUUAUCAUUACCAAAAACAAAGACAACAGCAGCAGUAACAACAACAACUUCGUCACAAAAGUAUGAUAUCUAUGUUGACGUCAUCGAAAGUUAUGACGUCAUCAUUGGCAAUGGCAAAAAUGACCAGCAGCAACAACAACAAUAUUUAUCUGGCAAGCUAGUCACGAGAUCUAACGUUCCGGCGGGGAAUUCCAGAGUUAUAAUUAAAUUUGACCAUGACAUUCGAUUUUCUGACGGUGACGAGGGUGAGGGCAAUAAUCAUGAGGAUCGCCCACUAGCACCAAAGAAUGAUAUAAACAGACUGGAAAAAUGUCAUUUCUAUAGCGAGGAUGUUGACGUAAGCAAAGAUCAAUUGAAUAAUAUAAAGAGUAUCAGUUACUCAGUCGGUGAUAAUGAUGAGCACAUCGUCAUGACGUACUACAAGCAAAUGAAUGGGCAUCAACAGCAACAACAACAACCACCUUUCACAUUAGCUUGCAAACAAACUAGCAUCCCCAACUCAAAGGAUGUAUCGGUUUCACUGACACUAACAUUCAACGGCCAUAAUAAUAAUAAUAACAACUAUAAUAAUAACAAUAAUAAUAAUAAAAGUGGUAGUAGUAGUAGUAGUAGUAUGAAGGUAGUUAAGUGUGUUGUAUCGAUUCCUCUCUCAACUUUAGUGAAAGAAGUCACAUUUGAAAAUCAACCAUCACAACAACAACAAUACACAUUGGUUCACUGCAACAACAACAAACAACAAAACAAUGACGUCAUCGUCGACAGUAAGCAACAACGGCAACCUACUGAUGAUGGUGACAUCAUCAACGAACGACAGCGUGGCUGCAUUCAAACUGAUGAAAUCCUCAACGCCAAACAAGACAAUAUCAACAGUAAACAACAAAAUCAUCUUGACGUCAUAAACGACGAAGAGCAACACAAUAAUGACGUCAUCAAUGAAGAACAACCUCAUAGCAUCAACAACAAGUUGAUUUGGAAUUUGAACAGUGCCUUACAAGUUAACCAGCCAAUCAGCGUUAAGUUCAAGCUGGUGGUAGAGCAGAUGACAUCAUCGUCGUCGUCGUCGUCACCAUCAACAACGACAUCAUCAUCAUCACCUUUGUUGGGGCAAGCACUGAUUGACUUUGAGCUAUCAGGUAAGUCGUCAGUGAGUGGGCUGAAGAUAAGUUCAAUCAACAUGCUAGACUCAAUCAACCAACCAGCCAACCAACCAGUCACACGGCACCGCCAACCUCAACACCAAUACAAUAAAUGGAUAAGAUAUAUCAUUACGUCUGGACUAUACGCUGUCAAUUUAGACUGAUUGGUUGUUUGUUUGUUUUGUUGAUUGAUUGAUUGGAUGUUUGAUUGGUUUGUUAAUUAAUUAAUUAAUUAAUUAAUUGGUUCGUUGACUAAUUUACAUUUUACUUAAUUUUAUGGCUUUGCUCAUCAAUGUACUAUUAGUUGGUUGGUUGAACGAUUGAGUUGAGUGGUUAAAUAUUCGACUGAUUGAAAUUCGACUGACUAACUUAUAUUGAUUGAAUAAAUAGUUAAUUGAUUGAUUGAUUGAGUAGAUUAAUGCUUUUUUCGUCGUCUUUGUCGAUGAUGAAUAAUAAUGAUUAUUAUUAUGUUAUAAUAUAAAUAAGGGUUGAAUUAUAAAUAAAUAUUGAAUUAUAAAUGGAGCACCCCUAGAUGUAGCAUGUACGGAGAGCGUCGAUAUUUUCAUCAUCAAAUGCACUGUUAUCAUUCACAACAAAAAUGAUGUCAUGCUUUAUGAACAUACCAACACCUCCGUCUA